CGCGGCGGCGCCCCGGGGGCGGGGGAGGGCCAGCGCCCGUUCUCGCGGGAUCCCGGAGCGGCUGCUGCGGCCCCGCGUAAAGCCGGGACGGCGAGACCGGGCCGCCGGCGGAGGGGACGCCAGCGGCGGGGGCUAGGCGAGCGAGCGGCGCGGCGCUGAGCUGCCAUGGCGGGGCAGCAGUUCCAGUACGACGACAGCGGCAACACCUUCUUCUACUUCCUCACCAGCUUCGUGGGGCUCAUCGUCAUCCCCGCCACCUACUACCUGUGGCCACGGGACCAGCACGCCGAGCAAAUCCGAUUAAAGAAUAUAAGAAACGUGUAUGGAAGAUGCUUGUGGUACCGUUUGCGACUGUUAAAACCACAGCAAAACAUAAUACCUACAGUCAAGAAAAUAGUCCUCCUUGCUGGCUGGGCAUUGUUUUUGUUUCUUGCAUACAAAGUUUCCAAAACGGACCGAGAGUAUCAAGAAUACAACCCCUAUGAGGUUUUACAUUUGGAUCCUGGAGCAAGUAUAUCGGAAAUUAAGAAGCAGUACCGUGCGCUGUCGUUAAAGUUCCAUCCAGAUAAAGGUGGAGAUGAAGUGAUGUUCAUGAGGAUUGCCAAGGCCUAUGCAGCCUUAACUGAUGAGGAAUCGCGAAAAAAUUGGGAAGAAUUUGGUAAUCCAGAUGGACCACAAGCUACAAGCUUUGGUAUAGCUCUGCCAGCUUGGAUUGUGGAUCAGAAGAAUUCAAUCUUGGUUUUGCUUGUAUAUGGACUAGCAUUUAUGGUUAUUCUUCCAGUUGUUGUGGGUUCCUGGUGGUACCGAUCGAUACGGUACAGCGGAGAUCAGAUCCUCAUUCGGACCACUCAGAUAUAUACCUACUUUGUCUACAAAACAAGGAACAUGGACAUGAAACGGCUUAUCAUGGUUUUAGCAGGGGCCUCCGAAUUUGAUCCUCAGUACAAUAAAGAUGCUACAAGCAGACCAGCAGACAACAUUCAGAUCCCACAGCUAAUCAGAGAAAUUGGAGGCAUAAAUUUGAAGAAGAAUGAGCCUCCACUCACCUGCCCUUACAGCCUGAAAGCCAGGGUUCUGCUGUUGACUCAUCUUGCCAGGAUGAAAGUUCCUGAGGUGCUUGAAGAAGAUCAGCAGUUUAUCCUGAAAAAGAGUCCUGCGCUGCUUCAGGAAAUGAUUAAUGUGAUCUGCCAGCUAAUCAUAAUGGCUCGGAGCAGGGAAGAAAGGGAGUUCCGUGCUCCAUCUUUGGGAUCUUUGGAAAAUUGCAUGAAGCUUUCCCAGAUGACUGUCCAGGGACUUCAGCAGUUCAAGUCUCCCCUUUUGCAGCUGCCUCACAUUGAAGAAGACAAUCUCAGGCGAGUCUCCAAUCAUAAAAAGUAUAAGAUCAAAAGUAUUCAGGAUUUGGUGAGCCUGAAAGGUUCUGAUCGCCGCAAUUUACUGCACUUCCUAGAAGACAAGAAAUAUGAUGAAGUUAUGGCUGUCCUUGGCAGCUUUCCAUAUGUCACUAUGGAUAUAAAACCACAGGUUUUGGAUGAUGAAGACAGCAACAAUAUUACAGUAGGCUCUCUUGUCACUGUUCUGGUCACGCUGACAAGACAGACCAUGGCAGAAGUGUUUGAAAAGGAGCAGUCGAUCUGUGCAGCGGAAGAGCAGCCAACAGAAGAUGGGCAAGGAGAUGUCAACAAAGUUAAGAGCAAAGGAUGGCAGCAGAAGAAUAAAGGAACCAAGAAGGCUUCAAAAUCAAAGAAAAAGAAGCCAUUGAAAAAGAAACCUGUGCCACCUUCAUUGCAGCCACCCAAACAGCAGAAGCAAAAACAAGCUAAUGGGGAAGUAGUGGCAAAGGAAGAAGAGGAGGAGCUUUCUGAUAAAGGGAGUGAAUCUGAAGAAGAGGAAACAAACAGGGACUCUCAAAGUGAAAAAGAUGAUGGAAGUGACAGAGACUCUGACAGAGAACAAGAUGAGAAGCAAAACAAAGAUGAUGAAGCUGAGUGGCAAGAAUUACAACAAAGUAUACAGAGAAAGGAGCGAGCCCUUCUUGAAACCAAGUCAAAGAUAACACAUCCAGUUUACAGUCUUUUUUUUCCUGAGGAAAAACAAGAGUGGUGGUGGCUGUAUAUUGCAGACCGGAAGGAGCAGAUGCUAAUAUGUAUGCCAUAUCAUGUUUGUACACUAAAAGAUAAAGAAGAGGUAGAGCUGAAGUUCCCAGCACCAGGCAAGCCUGGAAACUAUCAGUACACAGUUUAUUUAAGAUCGGAUUCGUACAUGGGAUUGGACCAGAUUAAGCCACUGAAGCUGGAAGUUCAUGAAGCAAAACCAGUGCCAGAAAAUCAUCCACAGUGGGAUACAGCAAUAGAAGGUGAUGAGGACCAGGAAGACAGUGAGGGCUUUGAAGACAGUUUUGAGGAGGAAGAGGAAGAGGAGGAAGAUGAUGAUUAAAACAGUGCUAUUGAUUGACUACAAGAUCUACACAGAGUGCAAACUCUUGGUCUGACUGUGGGAACUGUACAAUAAUCAAGAAACUCAGUACAGAAGCUUUGAGAAGGCUGAAUUUAAUUUUUCUUCCCCUUACCAAUUAAAGAGUGCAUUAUGUAACUUCUCAGUGGAGGUGAAACAAAUCCUGUUGCCAUUGAUACAACUUGGAAUAUGCUUAUGGCUCAUCAUAGCCUUCCAGUGCAGGAUGGUGCAUUUGUUUCAACUGAAAAUAAAAGCUUUUUUUAUUAUACAUGUCUGAAAGUGUGGGCUAUGUAUUGUCUGAACAAGUCUAGGGCCCAGUGGAAGGGACUAGGAGCAAACUUUAGAUCAGUUUUUUUUUUUUUGGUUGUGGUUUGUUUUGUUUUGUUUUGUUUUUUCCCUGCAUUAGGAAUUAAUUUUAGAAGCUGUCUUUUGGUCUGUUUGGCAUUACAGGUCUCUUGUUGAUUGAAACAACAUCUGCUCAACUUUCAGACUUGAUUGACUCUGUGGUAUUCAUUAAAUAUUCUGCUGUGCUGCUGCUCACUUCAUUCAUAGCUUUAAAAAAAUCUGGUUUACUUCACUUGGUCAUUCUAAGUUGGCAUCAUCCCCACUGCCACAUUCCAUAUUAUUCUGGAGGGCUGCUUUUUAAUGACUUUUUGCCUUUUUAUGCCCAAGGUGAGAAUGGAAAUCAUGAACUUUCUUGACUCUGCCAUAAGGGUACUUACUUAAAUGGCUUAAAACAUUUUUAAGCCUUUAUUUCAUCAGAUCAGCAGAAGAUCUGAGUCUUUUGAUAAACAAAAUGCCUGAAAACGAUUCUGGGACCAUGUGUGGCAUUAAGUUGGUGGCUUUUGUGUAAUGCCUUUAUAAAAGGUACCUGCUGAAAGCUGCAGCAUUAUUCAUUCUGAGUCUACCUGAGGCUGUCAGAAACGUUGGAAGGGUGAAGUGCAACAUGCAGAGAGGGCAUGUUUUGUAUCAGUUUUGGAUUCCCAUCAAUAAACUGGACAAUUUGA